AUCCGGUCCGGUCGACGGCGCCACGACCGUUGGCAUUCAAAUCUUUCGUUUUUCUCGUACGACGAACCGACCGCCACUCGAGCGCGCCCUUUGAGACAGUCUCGUUGCCCUCAUCGCAGCCUCGCAGGACUAUGUGAGGGUUCCUUUUCCUAUUUGGAGUUUGGAUAGUGAAAAGGAGAUCGCAUGAAUAUCACUGCCAACACAGCCAGAUGGGAAGUGUUGUAAGUACCGUUGCAGAUGGAGCCGGUUCUGCCUUGGGAACACUAAUCUCAGCUCCUAUUAAAACCAUAUUUGGUGGAUCAUGCGAGAACAUUUGCGUGGGAACAUGGGAUAUAUUUUGCUUCAUCGAGCAUUUUUGCAUCUCAAAUCUAGUAAAGGUGGCUAUGGUUUCUCUCCUCAUCUACAUACUUAUGCUGUUCUUCUACCUCUUAUACCAAAUUGGCAUCGUCCAAUGCAUCGGUAGAAGUAUUUGCAAAAUGACGUGGGCCUGUUGUGAAACUUACUGGUUUGCUGUUGAAGACAUCUCAUGUUUCCUGUGGCACAAACUACGGAAUGCUAAACGGGUAUAUCAUCGGCGUCGUGACCUUGAAGCAGCGUAUAGCUCAAGCGAUGAUGAAGAAGAAGAUGAUGAUGACUCCGUCAACAACUACGAGAGUCUGAGAGUGGCAAUAAGCAAGAAGAGACCAUUAAAAGACAGACGCAAGAAUCGAAUCAGGUCAUCUUUGAAGCCUAGAAACCAUUGGUCAGGCAGUUGGAGCAAACAUUCACGUAAGCAUGCCGACUGGAAGACUAAAGUCGGUCGGAGUUAUGAGAGAGCCUACCGUUAUUAAGCUCUUUCUUUUGUAGGUGAACAGAUUUUCCUUUCUCGUUUUUCA